GCUCGCGCUACAGUUCUGUUUCUAUGCGAGAUUUGUUUUCAAAUGGAGGAGUCUUUGAUAUUCCGAUGGGACCAGGAAUACUCAAAGUACGGCGGCUGCAGCGAUAAGCUGGGCCGAAGCGAUUCGGUGUCAUCUGCGAGGUUCGAAUCAAGUUUACGCUCCUAGGGGCAAACAGAGACACUACAGUUUUUUUGUGUUUUAUCGGUGCAGGGUAGUUUUCCAACCGGCUUCAUUAGCUUGACGAGCUAGCAUACAUGCCAACAGCUGUGGGGCGCUAAUGGAGAUGCGUCGGAAGGUAUAGCAGAGGUGUUUUAUUUAGGUUUGUUUGCGCUGCUUUGUAACAUGGACUCCGGUGGUAGUUGUAGUCUGACAGCGUUAGCUCGUCUAAGGUGAAGUCCCUGCUCAAAUAGUUAUGAGCAGUUUCAAUCAAAACCUCCGCAUAAGCUCGUCUUUCAGCGCAGACAGUAAGGGUCCAGCGGUCAACGCCGACACCGGGAACAAGGACUGGGUUCUGGGAGGCGAUGUAUUUUCCUGCUGUCACGAGAUGAGCCUCGUGGACGACUCGAUGCAGGCUGGGAUGUCGUCGGUCCAACCGGGACUGGACGGUCACCUGCCGCUAAUACGUGCCCAGGACCACGGCUCCCAGGAUGGGAUAUUUUUGGAGCUGGGCUCCCCGGAAGACUACCUGGACAGCAGCCCUUUAGAGUACAGGGACAGCGAUGGGAACGGCGUUGGGCCGUUAUUCGAGAGGAGGAAGAGGUCUCGCUCCAACAGCUCCAGACACAGGUUUAACGAGGUGGUGACGGAGCUGGUCCCGGAGGAGGUUCGGUGGUUCUAUAAAGAAGACAAGAAAACAUGGAAGCCUUUUAUCGGACACGACUCUCUUAAAAUUGAGCUAAUGUUUCGGAAAUACUGCGAGCUGAACCCCGGUGCGAUACGCUCCGGGGUCGCCGAUGGAGAGGAGGAGACUGGCGGUAAAUGCGUGGACAGCCCGGGGCAGAACGGCGCAGUGCCCGUGGACACUGGCACUAGCAGCGUGGACGAAGGCCGUGGCUCUCUUGACACAUCUACUGUGUCCUUUGAUGGGACAGACCCGGACUGCACUGAAAUCAACGUGGAGCGUGUGUGUGUUCGGGGAGGCCUUUAUGAGGUCGAUAUAAAAGAGAGAAAAUGCUACCCUGUCUACUGGAAGCAACAAGACCAUAUUUCUGUGAUGAGAGGCCAGUGGUUCAUUGAUGGUAGCUGGCUCCCGCUGGAGGAAGAAGAGAGCGACCUCAUUGAGCAGGAGCACCUGAACCAUUUCCGAGGCCAACAUUUGCAGGACACCUUUGAGACGGAUCUGGUGGUGAAGACCGUUGAUAGCAAAGAUGUUCUCUCCCACCUGCCCCCUUUCUAUCUCCCGUUUCUGUUCAAAUGGAGUGGAUAUCAGACGGGUGCUAAAACUGCAGGUCACAAGCGCAAACGCUGCCAAGCCAUCCACCAUUUGAAGCUGAGCCGGACGCAUGUAGAUUGGCACAGCGUAGAAGAAGUCUACCUUUACAGUGACGCUACCACAUCAAAAAUUGCUCGCACUGUUACCCAGAAACUGGGGUUCUCCAAAGCCUCAAGCAGCGGCACACGGCUCCAUCGAGGUUAUGUAGAGGAGGCCUCUCCAGAGGACCGGCCCCCUCAGACUACCCACGUUGUCUUUGUGGUGCACGGGAUUGGCCAGAAGAUGGACCAGGGCCGCAUAAUCAAAAACACUGGAAUGUUGAGGGAAGGCGUGAGGAAAAUGGAGGAGAAGCACUUUUCUGAGCACAAUGAUGAACACGUAGAGUUUCUCCCUGUCGAAUGGCGUUCUAAACUAGCGCUGGAUGGAGAUACGGUUGACUCCAUCACACCAGACAAAGUGCGAGGGCUGCGAGACCUUCUCAACAGCAGUGCCAUGGACAUCAUGUACUACAACAGUCCUCUUUAUCGCGACGAAAUAACCAAGGGGCUCACAGAAGAGCUGAACAGACUGUACUCGCUCUUCUGCUCGCGGAACCCUGAUUUUGAAGAACGGGGUGGAAAAGUGUCUAUUGUGUCUCACUCCCUUGGCUGUGUCAUCACCUAUGACAUUAUGACAGGAUGGGAUCCCGUACGGUUCUGUCUGCAGGAGCAUUGCGCAGUAGAGGAGGAGCAGGAUUUCCGCUGGAUGUCUUAUGAAGAGAGGCAGCUUUUAGAGGAGCUGAGGCUCACAAAGAAUAGGUUAAGAGAGUUGGAAAAUCAACUGGUCAAACUGGAGGCCUCUAAUCCUUCAGCACCUCCAGCUCUUAAAUUCAAGGUAGAAAACUUUUUCUGCAUGGGGUCUCCUCUAGCAGUUUUCUUGGCCCUGCGAGGGAUUCGCCCAGGCACCAGCGGCCACCAGAACCACAUCCUGCCCACCUCCAUCUGCAGCCGGCUCUUCAAUGUCUUCCAUCCCACAGACCCUGUGGCUUACAGACUGGAGCCUCUCAUCCUUAAGCAUUAUAGUAACGUUGCACCUGUCCAGAUACAUUGGUGUAGUGCCACUAACCCUUCAUCCUAUGAUGAGGUACGGCCUACCUUCCUCAAUCCAGUUAAAGAUCCAGCUUCAGACACGGAGAGUAUUCCCAGCCCGAGUACGUCUCCUGUCUUGGCCCGUAAACACUAUGGAGAGUCUAUCACCAGCCUGGGAAAGGCCAGCAUACUAGGUGCAGCAAGCAUAGGAAAGGGUUUAGGAGGCAUCCUCUUCUCACGGUUUUCCCGAUCAAACAGCCAACCUUCAGUGUCCUUAGGAGUUGAGGGAGGAGCAAACGCUGAGGAAGAAGAGGAGAAGCGCACAGAAAGCCAGUCGUCUUACGGUCUUUCCACAAUAACUCGACCAACAUCUCCCACUGGUGACGCUUUAUUGGAGCUGGAGAGACGCAUCGACUUCGAGCUGAGGGAGGGUCUGGUAGAAAGCCGCUAUUGGUCAGCUGUGACCUCACACACUGGCUACUGGUGCUCACAUGACAUUGCACUCUUCUUGCUGACCUUCAUAUAUAAUAAGUCAACACCCUCUGCCUCAGCAGAAGACACUCCGGAACCAGACUGAGGCGUCCUGUAACUGCUGAAGCUUUUGUCAAUUCCUGACAAAACUCAGUGACUGUUUGAUUCUUCCCUUGCAACCUUUUAAAUACAUAAACUAUCAACCUGUCCUUUGUCUUGAUUUAUGAUCCAGCUACAUUUGAGAGUCAUUGGUAAAAAAACAACAACAAAAAAAAACUUCAUUCCGCGAUGUAGCCAUUGAUGGACCAGGAGCCCCUACAGACGGAUACUCUGUGCCAGUAAAUCAUGGAAGUUCCUCAAGCAUCAAAAAAGCGAUUUCAUUUUCAUCCCAACAUUGAGUCUGUUCAGCUUAUUUGGUUGUCUACAAGUUUAAUGUUUUAUCAGCCCAUCGACUCUGCAGACACUCACUCUGGAGCCUUCUGAUGUAUUUUUGGAUUUAUAAAAGGAAUGAUUGUUACAAAAAGGCUUUUUCACAUAACGUUUAGCCAAAAUGUGAAAAAUCCACUGCUUACAGGGAAUGAAAUGCCUUUUGAAAUCAGCCCAAAAAUGUUACAAAUAUACUAUUUUCACACAAAAAAACAGUAGGGCAUAAACCCUUUAAUAAUAUUGGCAAUAUGAGUUUUAUUCAGUUGUUUGCUUUCAACUUUUUAAGAUCAGUAAUAUUUGAAAGGCGUAAACCAAAUACAACCUCGGCAUAUUGUAUAUUUGUUGUCAAGUAUGACUUCUUGGUUUAGUUACACUAAAAUAAAACACUUUUAGUUUUUGGGGGAAAUUUCUUUCAGCAGUUGCAGCUAAAUAUUUCCCUUUUGAAUUCCAUGUUACUUUCAGAUGUGUACCUCUUGUAUCACAACAGGCAGAUUGGGAAGCAUAUAAUUAUUUUUCUUACGCUUUAUGACAGUGGCAAGGUCUUGAUGGUGUGAUUUACACGAGUUCUACUGAAAGCAGUCAUUGUUGCUCAACUGAAAUCAACGCUUCUUUAUUAUUUUUAUUAAUUUAUGGAGAUACAUCUGAUCGUCCUUGUCUUUGCCUAUAUGUUUUUAUUGAUGUCCAAAUGAAAUGAAUGGUUCUAUAUGUAUUUUUAUUGGAGAACAGAAAUAUUUUCAUAAUGAUUUUCAGGCGCUUGCAGAUAUAAACCUGAAUGUCAUCAUGUGAAAAGUGGGAUUCAGACUUGUGGCCAAAUAACAUUUAUGUGUCCAGUGUGUUAGCUGCUGUAGUAAAGCUACUGCCUGUGGUCCAUUGAAAAAUGUAAUUGACAAGGUGUGAAACUUAAAAGUACGUUUGUUUAGGUGUUUCGAAGACAAUGCAUAUGUUAUCGUUUCUCCGCUUUUUCUUACCAAUGUGCACUUUUUCCCUUUGGCCGGAUGUUAUAUUGGUGUUUAUUUAUGAAAAUUUCCAGCUGCAGUCGAAUAGUCAAACAAAGUCACUUAAAGUAUAAUUGCUUGUAUGAAACCUAGAUUUAUUCCAAAAAGAUAGAAGAAACAAAGACAGGAUAUGGCAAGUAAUUAUUUUCUAAAAACAUAAAUAAAAUUACAACAAAUGGUUGUAGGCGCAAACCAGAUCCCUCGUUAAUUUAUAGUCCCAGUAAUAUUUCUGCAGGAACUAGAAUGCUUUUGCACUUUGCAUGGUUUCAGAUAAAUAGCUGAUGAAUGUUGGAACAAUAAAAAUAGUGCUGUGUGCCAACACGCAUCUAAGAAUUUUGAACACUGCAAAAUAACUCACUUGAGACACGCAAGCAAAGGAUGAAGAAACAAACGGAGUUGCAUUAAAAAGUGUCAAAUUUAAUGUAUCCAUUCUUGUUGUGUUAUCAUACAGGGUCAUCUCAUUAAGUUAGAGUAUCAUCAAGUAAUUGAUUUAUUUCAGUAAUACGCUUCUAGAAGUUAAACUCGUAUAAUGUGUAGAUUAAUUGCACAGAGUGAUUUAUUGGUUAUGGUUUAUACAAUAAAAAUUUAAAACUUGGUUUCUAUGAAAAUUAGAACAUCACAUGAGGUAUUUUAUUUUAUUUAUUUUUAUUUUUUUCCCUACACUUAACUCUCCGUUGAUUUACUUGGCUUCAGGACUCUGUGACCAGACAGAUAUUUUAGCAAUAACCUUUUUGUGGUCUGUCCUCUGCAGAGAGAGUGUCGAUGAUUACCGCCUGGAAAACCUUCAAGUCAGCAGAACCUGAUCAUGUAGACCAUAUUAAUGUAAAAAAAAAAAAAUAUAUAUAUAUAUAUAUUUUUUUUUUUUUCUAAAUGACUUAAUAUGUGAGUGUUCUUAGAAGCUGAAUUUUGGAUUUUCACUAGUUCAAAGCCAUAACAAAACGGAAAGAGAUAAUGUCUGAGAUAUAGCACUCUGUAGGGAUUUAACUUUUUGAAUUGCAUUACUGAAUAGAAUCAGUUUAUUAUAAGUGUAAAAUGACUGUUACAUUUGCAAAGGCCAAUUUGCUUAAACCAUUCUGCCUUGAAGAGCUGACAUGAUGGCAAGAUUGGUGCUUUACCGGGGGCAAAUAAGGCAGAGUAAUCCGAGAUUGUUUAUUGAUUUGAUCCGUUGGAAAUCUUACAAUCAUCACUAAGAAUUGCACAGAAUCUUUACUAAAAAUUCCCGUUUGCUUUAUUUUUUGCUUAGCGUGACGUAACAUUGCAGAAACAUGCGGGAAGCUAAUUUCAACCUACAGAAAUGCAGUUUUGCCCUGGCCUCAUCUCUCAUUUCAUGCAGUGACAAAUUCAAUCUGUACUACAACAAAACCUCCACCAGGUGGAGCUGCAACUGUGUAGUUUGGCAAUAUUUCAUUAAAAUAUGUGCAAACUGGCACAUUUCACAGUCUUUUAUUCACUCUGCUUGGAAGCUUGCGAGCUCACAGUAAAGCAUUCAAGAGGAUUUUUGCGAAACAUACAUUUUGACUGACUCUACGUCCAGUUAAUGUACAGCUUUUUUGACUGAUGACAGUAUAUUUUUCGUAUUAAAGGCAUUUGAGGAAUUGUCCGCUGCUACGUGUUUGUAGAAUUUCCACUUUGGGUUGGGUGCCAGAUUGAAGCCAUCGAUAAUGAUCCAGCUCAGAUGUUUGCUGUUUUGUAAAACAUAGCAGCUUCAUACAGAAGUUGCGUAUGCUCUGCAAAUCUUAAGUACGAGGAUAAGUGAAAAAAAACAACGAACAUUUGAAUUAGGAGGAGGUGCAAAUUAAAUGUUACUCUUGUUUGAACUUUGAGCAGAUGUCUUGGGGAGGGGAAAAAGUGUUUGUCUGUCUUUAGAGCUGUGCAAUAACCCAUGCCUGUAAUGGAUUCUAACUGCCAUCCAAAGCACUGUAUUUAUUUCCUUUUAUUAAAUCAUUUCCUUUUCUCA